GCAGGCGGCAGGCAGGGGAGGGAGGGAGUGCGCGAGCCCGGGUGAAAGGUGUCGGCCGGGAAGGAAGGGAAGUUAGGACUAGCAAGAAGGUCGUUGGCUGCUCGGGGCGCCUCUUCCCUCCCCCCUUAUCCCAACCCCCCCACCCCCUUUUUCUUCAGCAGCAUCAUGGCGGAGCCCGGCGACUCUCCCGUCCAUGUCCAGCCCCAGCAAGCAGCCCCGGUGGCGACGGCGACGGCCGCGGCCACGGCAGCCCCGGUUCCGGCGGCGGCGGCGGUGGCGGCGGCUACCGGGGCGGCCUCGGCGGCCCAGGCCAUCGGCUGGCCCAUCUGCAGGGACGCGUACGAGCUGCAGGAGGUGAUCGGCAGUGGUGCUACUGCUGUGGUCCAGGCUGCGCUAUGCAAACCCCGUCAAGAGCGAGUAGCAAUAAAACGCAUCAACUUAGAAAAAUGCCAAACGAGCAUGGAUGAGCUACUAAAAGAAAUCCAAGCCAUGAGCCAGUGCAGCCAUCCCAACGUAGUGACCUAUUACACCUCUUUUGUUGUAAAAGAUGAGCUUUGGCUGGUUAUGAAAUUAUUAAGUGGAGGUUCAAUGCUGGAUAUCAUAAAAUAUAUUGUCAAUCGAGGAGAGCACAAGAAUGGAGUCCUGGAAGAAUCAAUAAUAGCUACAAUUCUUAAAGAAGUUUUGGAAGGCUUAGAUUAUCUCCAUAGAAAUGGUCAAAUUCACAGGGAUUUGAAGGCUGGUAAUAUUCUUUUGGGAGAAGACGGUUCAGUACAAAUAGCAGAUUUUGGUGUUAGCGCCUUCUUGGCAACAGGAGGUGAUGUUACCCGCAAUAAAGUAAGGAAAACAUUUGUUGGCACCCCUUGUUGGAUGGCACCUGAAGUCAUGGAACAGGUGAGAGGCUAUGACUUCAAGGCUGAUAUGUGGAGUUUUGGAAUAACGGCCAUUGAAUUGGCAACAGGAGCUGCACCUUAUCACAAAUAUCCUCCUAUGAAAGUGUUAAUGUUGACAUUGCAAAAUGAUCCUCCCACUUUAGAAACUGGAGUAGAAGACAAAGAAAUGAUGAAAAAAUAUGGCAAGUCCUUUAGAAAAUUACUUUCACUAUGUCUUCAGAAGGAUCCUUCUAAAAGGCCCACAGCAGCAGAACUUUUAAAAUGCAAAUUCUUCCAGAAAGCCAAGAAUAGAGACUAUCUGAUUGAAAAGCUGCUCACGAGGACACCGGAUAUAGCACAGAGAGCCAAAAAGGCUGAGCAGAAUCCUGGGAAAACAAGCAUGAUGUCAGGUUCUGAAAAAGAGCAAGAUGGCAACCGAAGGGUUAGAAGGGUUCCCGGAUCCAGUGGUCAUCUUCACAAGACAGAAGACGGAGACUGGGAGUGGAGUGAUGAUGAAAUGGAUGAAAAGAGUGAAGAAGGAAAAGCAGCAUUUUCUCAGGAAAAGUCACGAAGAGUAAAAGAAGAAAAUCCAGAGAUCACGGUGAAUGCCAGCAGUAUACCUGAGCAGAUAAAGUCACUCUCUAUACAGGACUCUCAGGGUCAGCCUAAUAUUAAUGAAGAAUUUACAGAAACUUCUUGUGCUGUGAAUCUUGUUUUAAGAUUAAGGAACUCCAGAAAGGAACUUAAUGACAUACGAUUUGAGUUUACUCCAGGAAGAGACACGGCAGAUGGCGUUUCUCAGGAGCUGUUCUCUGCAGGCCUGGUUGAUGGUCAUGAUGUAGUUAUAGUUGCUGCGAAUUUGCAGAAGAUUGUAGAUGACCCCAAAGCAUUAAAAACAUUGACAUUUAAGCUGGCUUCUGGCUGCGAUGGGACGGAGAUCCCUGAUGAGGUAAAGCUGAUUGGCUUUGCUCAGUUGAGUGUCAGCUGAUGCCUGUGGCUGGAUAUCAUCCUCAGCCCCCCAUCCCAUCUUCAUCCUCAGCAAAAUCAGAAGAUUGUGAAGAGACCUGCUUAGAUGAGAAGGGGGAAAAGAAUUAAACACAACAACCCCGCCAUCACCAUCACCACCACCACCCCACCUCCACUCACCGAGUUCUUCAUCAUGCUCCAGCAAUUCACAUCAGAAUCAACAAACCCCACAGCUGCACAAUUGCUGCUAAUUUGUCCAAAAGCUAUUCAUUGUUCUGAGCAACCAAUUUGGAUCUCCCCAACUGAAACCAAUCUGGAAAUGCACUCAGGUGGCCCUAUUUAUUGGUAAUAAAAGGAAUUUUCUAUCAGAAAUGUAUUUCUUCUUUCAUUGUAAAAUUUCUGUGAUAAUACUUUAAUUGUACGUCUGACAAUACUGCCUCUUUUAUGUUGUAUUUAGAAAUUAAUAUACUUAUAAAAAUUAAGAUUUAUUAGCCAAACUUGAAUUCUAGUUUUAAAACUGACUGUGAAUUUUAUUUUUCAUAUAUUUAUGCUUUACACAUCUUACCUAUAAGGAAAACAGUGGUUUGAUUAUGUGCAGUAGCAGUUAAUCUCCUGUUAUUUAAAGAAAAAAAGUGUCAGGUAUAUCUUUGGAGUAUUUGUAACUUCUAGUUUUUGAAAUGACCUAAUUAGGAAUUAGGGAGCGUAUUAUGUUGGUUUGUUUGUCUAUAAACCAAUCCACAAUCUGAUUGUCUCUAGGGAGUGGGAGGUGCCUUGAAGACAUUAAUAUUAAGAAUGUGCCUGAGGCUGCUUUCUUCUAGAAUAGUCUCAGUUCUAGGAGUUUCAUAUGCAUCCAGUCAAAUAUAUAUGUUUGGCUUAAGUUUUGCUUUCCUGGGUCUUCUAUGAGCUAGAAUACCGUAUGAUGUUACCAUCAAGUUAGACCGCUCACUAACUCUGCCUAUCUGUGAUUUGCGUUCUUAAGUGAUAGGGCUUGUUUCUGUAAAGAUUAAAAACUUGAAAAACAAAA